GAACGACGGUUUAGGGGUGCUUUAUUUAGUCCAUCGACCUUUGAACACAUUGAGGGAUGGGUGUGUCCCUUAUGUCCGGGCUCUCUUGGCAAAGCACACCGGAAGGGAGGAGGGUCUGUCUGUCUAGCUAUCUGCCUGUCUGUCUGUCUGUCUAACGUCGGGGAUGUUUUAAUGGACGAACUAGCUCAUCAGGGAAGGCUUGUUUUCCUUUAAGUGAAAGAAACCCCAAACAAGUAGCAAUCAGCGGUAUCGCUGUGUCGCCUAGCUAGUUUACUGGACCUACAAGGAAUUUCGAUAUGAUUUUUGUUAAACUAAUUGUCAUGUUUUGCUGCCUACGAAGUAUUACAGGUCAGUUUGGGAACCCCUUGGAUAAAUAUAUUCGUCAUUAUGAGGGUUUAUCAUAUGAUACAGAAGCCCUGCACAACAGUCACCAGAGAGCCAAGAGGGCACUCUCUCCUCAAGACAGGACCGUGCACCUGGACUUCCAUGCACACGGAAGACAUUUUAACUUGCGGAUGAAGAGAGAUACAACUCUAUUUUCCCCAGAUCUCAUCAUUGAGGUAUCAGGAGAGGUGGAACCCGUUGAUACAUCACAUAUUUACAGUGGAGAAAUCUUUGGUGAAAAGGGCACUCUGACCCAUGGCUCCGUGGUUGAUGGCCGCUUUGAGGGCUUCAUCAAAACCCACCAAGGAGUAUACUAUGUUGAACCCUCGGAGAGAUACCUAAAGAACAAGAAUGUGCCCUUCCACUCCGUCAUCUAUCACGAGGAUGAUAUCCAUUAUCCUCAUAAAUAUGGCUCAGAGGGCGGCUGCGCUGACCACUCUGUGCUUGAAAGGAUGAGGAAGUAUCAGGCAUCUGGAGUAGAGGAGCCGCUCAAAAGGGUAAACAGUGUGAUGGAGGAGGAGGAGGAGAGCUCCCAAGGUCCUGUUAUUCUGAGGAGAAAGAGGGCAGCAGCAAAAGAGAAAAACACUUGCCAGCUCUUCAUCCAGACUGACCACCUCUUCUUCAAAUACUAUGGCACAAGAGAGGCUGUCAUUGCCCAAAUCUCCAGCCAUGUAAAGGCUAUUGACUCGAUUUACCAGGCCACAGACUUCCUGGGCAUCCGAAACAUUAGCUUCAUGGUAAAAAGGAUCAGGAUAAAUACUACCAACGAUGACCAAGACAAAACCAAUCCAUUUCGCUUUGCCAACAUUGGAGUGGAGAAGUUUUUGGAGCUCAACUCUGAGCAGAACCAUGAUGACUACUGCCUAGCCUAUGUCUUUUCUGACAGGGACUUUGAUGAUGGGGUUCUUGGCUUGGCUUGGGUUGGGGCUCCUUCAGGAAGCUCUGGGGGCAUCUGUGAGAAGAGCAAACUGUACUCUGAUGGAAAAAGGAAGUCUCUGAACACUGGUAUCAUCACUGUGCAGAACUACGCCUCCCACGUCCCUCCCAAGGUGUCACACAUUACCUUUGCUCAUGAGGUUGGGCACAACUUUGGCUCUCCACAUGACUCAGGGAUUGAAUGCACCCCUGGAGAGUCUAAGUUGCAGGACAAAAAGGAGCAGGGAAACUACAUCAUGUAUGCCAGAGCCACAUCAGGGGAUAAGCUCAACAAUAACAAGUUCUCAAUCUGCAGCAUCCGCAAUAUAAGCGCUGUUCUGAAUAAGAAGAGAGAUGAAUGUUUUGUUGAGUCUGGCCAGCCUAUCUGUGGUAAUGGACUAGUGGAAGCUGGAGAAGAGUGUGACUGUGGCUACAGUGAUCAGUGUAAAGACAUUUGCUGCUAUAAUGCCAAUGAAGGGGAGGGCCUAAAGUGCAAGCUCAAACCUGGAAAAAUCUGCAGUCCCAGCCAAGGCCCAUGUUGCACACAAGAGUGUACUUUCAAGGGCGCAAUUGAGAGUCCCUGCAGAAUGGAUUCCGAAUGCGCCAAAGAGGGCAGGUGCAAUGGAGCUACUGCUCUGUGUCCUGCCUCAGAACCAAAGGAGAACCACACCUCUUGCCAUUCUGAUACACAAGUCUGCCUUAAUGGGCUAUGCUCUGGUUCCAUUUGUGAGAAGUAUAAAUUGGAGGUAUGCACCUGUGCCAGCCAAGAGGGCAAGGAUGAGGCAGCUGAGCUGUGCCACGUGUGCUGCAUGGAGAAAAUGAAGCCCAACACCUGCAGCAGCACAGGCUCAGAGAGAUGGGCUGAAUUUUUUAACAGGAAGACCACAACACUGCAGCCUGGCUCACCCUGCAAUGACUUUAAGGGCUACUGUGACGUGUUCAUGAGGUGCCGUCUGGUGGACGCCGACGGGCCUCUGGCAAGGCUUAAGAAAGCCAUCUUUAAUGCAGAACUCUAUGAGAAUAUUGCAGAGUGGAUAGUGGCUCACUGGUGGGCAGUGCUGUUGAUGGGCAUCGCUCUUAUCAUGCUAAUGGCUGGCUUCAUCAAGAUUUGCAGCGUCCACACCCCCAGCAGCAACCCCAAACUUCCCCCGCCAAAGCCACUGCCAGGCACACUGAAAAGGAGGCAGCAGCAGCAAGCAAACCAGCAGGCACAGGGCCAGCGCCUCCCCCGUCAGCAAAGAGAGAACUAUCAAAUGGGACAGGUGAGACGCUGAGAUGCUGGUCUGCUCUUUGCCUUGGUCUUCCUGGUGCCUACAAUGGGAGCACUUCACUCCAAAGAGUUACCUUUACCACCUAUUGCAACAUUUAAAGAACUUGCAACUGGAUCGAUUUCAAUGGACAAAACCCCAAGUGUUUUUUUUUGGGCCUAACAAACUCACUCAGCACCUCUGCUCUGAGAGCCAGAUAAGCAGAGGUUCACACAGCUUUUAUAGGAAAGAAAUGCAUUUUCCAAGGACAGACAGGAGGACAAAUUCACUGAUCUGAUGUGGUCUUAAUCUUCCAAUGCUUUUUUUUAAUUACAAGAAUGGAGGUGAGAGAAGCAGCUUUGUGUUAGUCACCCUCCUCUGUCCUUCAUCUGUGCUACAGUUUUCUUUUCCUGUUCUUCCUCGUAAGUGCUAAAGUCCUGCCAUCAUCAGCACGAUGGCAGGACUGCAAGUCACAAAUACGAGUUUCCUGCAAAUCAAAACCAUGCAUUGAGACGUUGAGUUGGAAGAAAACUUUUUUUUUGCCAAUGUUAUUCGAUUGUUUUAAAUCAAAGCACCAUCAAAAGCUUGUUAUUUCUAAACCAUGUUCUUUUAGUGUUUAAUUACAGAUGUUGCAGUAGGUUUUUUCUAUUUUAAAUUAAAUAGAUUUUCUUUUAUGAUGAUGAUUUACUUUUUAAUUCACUUUCUCAGGAUUAAUAAAACAAUGGCAAACAAGUUUAUUGAGUGGAAAAGUUUGCUGCAUGCUUAUUUUAGGGUAAAAUCCCUCCUGGCUGAAACCUGAAAAUAAUGUAUAUAAAUGAGCUCAAUAAGAUUAUAGUCUCAUCUCUUAUCAGAUGGACGGGCUGUGGAGGGGAAAUUGAUCAUCUGGAUAUGUUUAUAUAUUGUUAUUUGGUUUCGCAGCUUGGUUUACAUAUAGAGAUAUAGUCUGCGGCUGAAAUAUAUGGUGAGAGAAUAGCUUUUUAUCAACCUGAUUGUAUCCCACUUUUCUUCUGUCAAAGCAGUUUUUUCCCUGAUUUUUGACACUUUAACAUUUAAAACAACCACUUUGUGCCACAGAGUGCGUCUUUACAUUUAGAGUAAGGGAAGUGGAAGCAAAACGUAACUCUGGGGUUGAAGAAGCCUGUCUAUAUGAGAAGUUAUUACAGAAAAGAAGUGUUAUGAUUGUUCCGCCCACAUUUUCUCUUGUGUUCUGUCCAUUUUUUUUAAUUUUACACACUGGCAGUUGUUUAAGAAAUGACAUAAUCUGUUAAAACCACUCAAAGCAGUUUGAUCCUCUCCGCCACUGUAGAUGAAGAACCUUUCUGGUUUAAAUGUGAUAUUGAUUUUACUGGCAGUUCAGAUUAUUUGUACACUGUAUGUUGUGGAUUUGAAUUAUUUGAGGAAAACUAGAGCUUCUCAUUCUAGCGUUGCUUUGUUGCUGCUGUUAACAGACAUUUACCAGAGCGAACAAUCACUGGAAUCAUGUGUCAGCCAUCCACCACUGUUCUGUCCUUUCUUUUCCUACUGAACAGGAUUUUCUCAAGGACCUUUGUUCCCUUGUUACAACCUCCUGGUUUUUGUGAUUGCAUUUAAAAUGUGCCUACCCAGAGCAGUGUGACUGAGAUUGGUGUACCAGUGUGUGUCAGUGAUCUUUACCAAGGCUGAAACCUUUCAUGAGCUGGCAGGUUUUCCAAACACUGGGAUCAGUUUGGACUGCUGAGAUUAGAAUGUAUUGGAAAGGAUGUGGUUCAGAACUUGGCAAUGUUUAAUUAUCAUCUUAAAUGUAAGUGAUGAUUGAUAUACAGUAUGUCAGCUAUAAGGUCAAAGUCAAAUAUUACAAACAAAAUCUUUUGUAUUAUAAACCACAAUUUGUUUGAAGAGCUUUUUGUGAGAUUAUAAUAACUGUGUACUGUGCUUUAUAAAAUAGUCUUAUGUUGCCUGGCUCUAAUUUGGCCUAAUUAGAGUUUUCAAAGCAGAUUAAAUUUAGGUAAACGUCACUGACUGAUGGACGAGAAUGCAGAAGAUUCUUAAAUUGAGUUACUGGCUGAAUAUGAAAAUAUAAAUUUAUACAGUUUCUUAAAAUUAUUUUAGGAGGGAAAAACAUGGUGGUGCAAAAAUGGACUUAUCUUUUUCUCACCCUUCCAAAAAAGUUGUAUGGAGCACACCACAGCAUUGUUUUCUGUGCAAGGUGUAAGGAUGUUACGUCAUCGAUCAAAUAGAUUCUAUGCAGAGUACCACAUAGCUUAACAGCAAACAAGUUAGCCUCUUCACAGAGAAAUGCCUUCAAUGUUUUAUCUUAAAUGGGUACAUGGAAUAUUCUCUUGUGUUUUCAUGACAGAAUAGUUACUCAUGUGUAUAUGUUGAAGCAAAGUUUCUGAACAGACAAAAAUGCAAUCCUCUGUUGCUACUUUUACUGAUUUUGUUUGUCUUUCUGGUGCUACUGGUAGUGCUUUUUCUUGGGUUGGAGCUUAAAGUGUAUUUUUCAUUAUCUUGGGCACAUUCUGUCUGUCUGUCUGUCUGUAUUGAAUCAUCCUUAACUAUUUUUGUAGAUAUGAUAAGAUAUGGCCAAUAAUGGUUGUGAGGGGAUAAUACCUAAUGGCAAAUGUUUCUUUCACUUGUGUUGCAAUGUUGGUGAGAAAAUGUGCACUCAAGUGUAAGUGGUGUAAACUGAGAAUCCAAAAUGGUCUAGAUUCAGUACUUGUCUGAUUUUAAUGUAUUUUGUGUUUUAUACAGUGUCUCCGAUGGUCUUUUGUUUUUAUUUACUUUGUUCCAUUUCCCUUUCUGCUUGAAAAUUUGACUCAAUUUGCAAAGGUUUGUGCAAAAAUAUAAUUUCUUUUGAACUACUUGAAAUGCAUUAAUAAAUCAGAGUUGAUCAAAUG